CUAGUUGCCAGCCUGUUUGGUCUUUCAGCCCGAGUAGUUCAGGCUUCAAAAGCGUCCGGUGGUCAGGUCUCGAGUGGGAAGCAAAAGCCGCCGCUGCCCCUGCGCCCACCCCCGCGAUGACGGUCCAAGGUUACCGCGGAUUAACUAAUCCGUGCGUAACGCUAGCCGUCUGAUUCGCCGUUCAGUUUUUUUCUUCACUGUUUAAGCCCACAGGAUCUCUCUUCAAGCCCCCCCGGGAAACAAGUUAUUUACGCAUAUGCCCUCCACCCAUCAGUUGCCACGGCAAGCCCCGGCCUAUCCUGCGCCCACCACCUGCCCUGCCCCUCCUGCCCGAGCUGCCCGGCUCCUCUGCCCUCUCCCUCCGGCCUCUCUAGAGUGAAAAAGUCUCCUCCUUUCCUCUGCUCCAUCCUCCCGUUGCAGCCUCGGAGUUCGACUAGUAGCCUCCUUGAAACCUUCAGAUCUGCGCCGCCCAGUUCCAGUUCCUCGACACAAAGGGGGCACAAAAUCUCAGGGCUGAAGGCCUUACGCUCGGCCUUGAGAAACCGUCCAGAUGGACACCAUGACGCCCGCUGCCGCCACCGGAGCCGUCCACGCCGGCGCCGGCGACGCCGUCGUCUUGGAGAAGCCGCUCGGCGCCGAGGAUCCUACCUAUUGUAUGCCUGACUUCAAAAUGAGCGGAAAGAAGGGUGACGAGCUUGAACCCACUGAUGCUGGUGAUGAAGAUGACGGCGGUGACGAUGAUGACGAAGAUGGUGACUUUGGGGAGGGUGAAGAGGACAUCUCAGAAGGAGAAGAGGACAUCUCAGAAGGAGAGGGAUAUGAUAACCCAAAGGGCAACGAGAACAAGAAGAAACAAAGAGGUGAUGGUGAGGAAAAUGGUGAGGAAGAUGAGGAAGAACCAGAAGACCAGGAGGAAGGCGGUGGUGGUGAUGACGAUGACGAUGACGACGACGACAAUGAUGAUGAUGACGAUGAUGAAGAUGGCGGUGAGGAUGAUGACGAGGGUGUAGAAGGGGAAGACGACGACCAAGAUGAGAAUGAGGAUGAAGAUGACGAUGAAGAGUCACUCCAGCCCCCAAAGAAGAGGAAGAAGUGAAGAUCUUCAAUCCGGCAAUAGUUACCAUGUGCUGAAUCCUGGCUCGCUUUUCGUCCUGUCCUCGCAAUCGAACUUUCCUUUAGAGUUACGAAGGCUCCACACGUUCUGCGGCACUGCACGUGUGGGCUUGUAGGGGCUUUUUAUGAUUUGAGGCAAUUAGGGAGAACUCUGUCAUUGUUGCUUGCUUCAGUGGAGUUGAACAGAUGUUUCGCUAACAUAAUUCAACCUGAGUGAUGAAAGCCUCGGGAUUGAAUAUGCCAUCAAGGCCUCGAGAUUGAAUAUGCCAUCUCUUAUCUCAGUACAGAA